AUGUUUAGGCAGCGAAUGGAUGAUAUUCUUCACACAAAUGUCAAGACGUCACAUGACAGAAGUACCCCAUGCGCCUCACAGCGCAACUCACCUGAACUGGGGCUAGGACCCCAGGAUUCUGCAUCACAAGUCAGAGGACCUGCAUCCCCGACACCAUCACUCUUACUCGCCUAUGUUCCUCUCACUUGGAAGUUUGACGGACACCAAUUCGAGCAUCUAGAAGAUGUGCUCAGACAGUCCGCUCUCAGAGAAGUCCCUGACCACAUCCGUGAAUGGGUAAUUGUUGCAAUGAAGCUUAUGGUACACACCGAAGUCACCAAGGUCUACAACGUGCUCAGCAGUAAGAUGUAUGAGCACAAGAAAGCCUUCGAGUCCCUGAUCCAGAACAACAAGACUGAACAUUGGCUAAAGGAGGCACUCCUCCAAACUGAAAAUGGCAAGCUCAAGGACAGGGUCGAAGUGCAGGAUGCGCACAUGAUGGUACUCAAUGAUGAGCUCUCAGGAACACAAGCGACAAUGCUGGACAUCAGCAAGGAGAUGAUGGAGAUCAAGUCAGCUAACACCAAGCUGCGACAUAAGCUAGCUUUGCUCAAAGCAAGCAGCAUCACUGUGAUGCAAGGUCAAACAUCUGGCAUAGUCCAAUCACACAAGCCUCACAUCAAAAUUGCUGAACCUCCACACAACUUGGGCAAAGGAAGUCUGGAGGAUUGGCUCCAACAACUCGAUAUAUGGAUGCGGUGGAAUGAGAUUAACGACGACGAGCACAAGAUUACCACGGCCCUGCUGCAUUUGGAAGGAGGCACAUUUACAUACAUGUCCGAAUACGCAACCAAGGCAGUGGCACGGCAGGCACUCAGCACAUGGAAAGACUUCGUCAACAUUCUCAAAGUCAACUACAGGACCCUCGACCCGAACAAGAAUGUGCAACAGCACCUGAAGGAGAUCUGUGCAAAAACCUACCCCACAAUGGUCUCCUUUGCAGAACAGUUCUGUCAAUGGGCCACUAAGACCAACUUAGGGCACACUGCACUCAUCGGUUACAUUGCUGAACAUCGAAGCAAGGAAGUACGACAGGCGAUGGUCACACGAAACAGUCCAGGAAUUUCUGACCCCAUCACAUGGCUGGAAUACCUCGAUCUAUGCCUUCAAUUGGAGUUCAAGUUUAGAGCCAACAAGGCAGGACAGCGUGGAAUGGUAACAACAUCAUCAUCGGUACCACGGGCCCUGAAAGACCCUAACGCAAUGGUUGUGGAUCGAGUAUCUACACUCACUAAGGAGCAAGAAGGAUGGCUGGAGAAGAAGCUGUGCCGCUGCCCAGACCCCAAGUACAAGGGCAAAUUUGAAAUGCCAAAGUGGGGUCAAGCAACCAGGGCAAUAUCGACGAUGGCAUCAUCCACCCACUCUGACGACAGCAAGGUGAGGAAGGAAGCAGUCCGUGCUUUCAUCACCAGCUACGACGUGAAGGGAAAGGAAAAGGAGGCAGAACUGGAACCAGCUGUCGAAGCAGCUAGGAUCACGGAGGUGGAAGAUGAUGAGGAUUUUCUUCAGCAGGUUCUCUGA